AUGGCCUUCAGUGAUUUAUGCCACAUAAGUAACGCGUUUAAAAACGUUGAAAAUGAAGCUGACCAGUCGGAGAGAAUUAUGGAAGAAAAUGCGAUGGUUCGGGAUCUCAUCACCAAGAUCCUGGAUGAACCAGGACCAACAGAAACCAGUCCAACGCAAAUCCCGGAUACAACACUAAGCGGGCUGCAGUCUGGGUUAAACCCAUACGCCAAAACCGAAGUUCAAUACCUAUCACCGACAUAUAAUUCAUUUCAAAACCCACCUUAUUUCAACCAUAAUGAAAAUGGUUACUACCUGCAAAAUGGCUUUAAUAACUUCAAUAACCUCCCAGAGAAUGAUGUUAAUCUGCUAAAUAUUGAUCCUAUCAGUGAUGAUUCAGUCACACCAGAGCAAUUAAACCUAUUGCGAUUAGCUGCACAAGAAAUUGGCGGAGCACAAUUCACAACCCCAAAAUAUGAUGAGAAGCUUGUGAACUUUUUUGAGCUGAACCAAAGAAAUUCUCUGCCUGAAACGAAUAUGUUCAACUACCCAACAAACAGACCCAACAGCCUCAAUCUAGACAUGAACUAUGCAAAUAAUUUCGACUAUACCCAAAGAUACCCAAAUAAAUUUGACAACGGUUUCAUUAAGGAGAACCAAGAUACUACAGAUUUACUCACAUACUUGCAUCAAUUAAACAUCUCUUUGGACCGAAACCGAGAGGAAAAUGUUAACUAUAAAAUGCCUGAAGCUAAUGGUCAUUUUCCAAAUGAGGAUUUCAAUGAGAGGAACAAGCCUUUCUUCAAUAGAAUUUUUCCCCCAAAGUUCAAUGGUGAGAAUUUCUACAACAACGACAUAGUCAAUCAGAUGCCAGAAAGAAAUGGAUUGCAGAACUUUGAUUUUAACCAACCACCACCGAAUUUCAAACCCAAUGGUUACAAUCAGAAUGACUUUAUGCAAAGACGGGAUAUAAACCCGGUUAUGCCCAGAGACGGUUUUAAUUCGAUAGACCAACGCCCAGCAUUUGAGAAUGGCGUCAAUAGAGAACAACAAUUGCGUCAGCAAGAAAUAGCUCGUCAGAUGAAUAUGCUCAUAAGGAACCGACCACCACCGAAUCAACUAAAUGUUGAUGUUUCGUUUCUGCAUGAAAAUAAUCCGUUUAAUCUAGGUCUAGGUGCCCUGCUGGGUCCAAGUCCACCAGUCCCACCACCAGUGUUGCCAUCACCAAUGUUAGAUUUAUCCAUGCUCGCGCCAUUCUACGCUAUGAGGAAUGUGAGGGGUUCAGUAACAUCAUCAAGCAUUCUCCACGCGCGUCUGGACGCGUGCUACGAACAAUGGAAGCAAUUGGAGCUCGAACGGAAGCGUACUGAAGCUAAGUUGGCGUUGGCCUAUCCCGGUCGUGCCGUUUCUUCGUCCAAUUCGAUUCCCGUGCCAAGACUACCGCCGUGUCCGACACGAGUCGACAGACUCACCGUCGAUAUGUUGAGGGAGCAUACUAAGGUGUUGACACUUAUGGGUAAAAUGGAAACGCUUCGUGCCAGCGUGUGUGUGGCGCAGAAUAAAAAACCAAAUAAGCCCGAAGACGGUAAAAUAACGGUUUUGAAGCGCGGUCAGGGGAACGUAGCGGAUCAUGAAAAAGGACUGGAUCCAGCCACAUUUGAUCCUAGCGCUUGGAAGGAGGAUGUUAAGAAUCUGGCUGAAAUAGCACCACAUACAGAAAUCGAGAGCGCUAUGUUAGCCUGGCGCCACGCGGUGGGCGGAGUUCAAACGGCUCGCAGAAGGGAACUUGCACCACAUAGAUAUCCACAAGAUCCGAUCCUACAACUGGCUGACGCCGUGAAGCAACUGUGCGCGUGCGCACGUCGUGCCCGAGCCGCCAUGUGGUGUGACCUAACACUGACCGUAGCACUAGCGCCACACCCCAAUCGUAUUAAUGAACAUUCGCCACAGUACGCAAACCAACAGUCGCCCAAACAUCAUGUACAAGCUGACUCGCCAGUAAAUACUAACAGCAGCUCAAAUAAGGCAGCUAAUGUGGAAAAUAAAGAGGAAAAACAAAACACAGAUACAGUGAACCCCGAAGUGAAAGACACAGAUAAAACAAACAAACAGAAUGACAAGGACAAAAAUCGACGCACACAAAACUAUAGACACAACAAGGUGAACCAGAGGAAUGACUUCUACCCGAAGAACCAGAGGUAUGACAAUCGAUUCGUGAGACAUCCAUAUCACUAUUUGGCCACUGGGCCAAUCAACUAA